GCUAAGGGGGCGGAGUAGGACGCGUCAGGUUAGGUGGCUGAGGUGGUCGCCAUGGCGUAACCGAGGGGGGUCUGCACUCGGUCAACCACGCCCCACGGUGGGGCUGUACCGUUUCUUCAGGAAGAGGCAAACAAACUAGAUAACUGUCUUAACAAUGGAGCUGAUGCUAAAUAAAUUGAAGAGCACUGUUACAAAAGUAACUGCAGAUGUCACAAGUGCAGUCAUGGGAAAUCCAGUUACCAGGGAAUUUGAUGUUGGUCGGCACAUUGCUAGUGGUGGCAACAAGCUUGCUUGGAAAAUUUUUAAUGGCUUUAAAAAGUCAACAAAACAGGAAGUGGCAGUCUUUGUAUUUGAUAAAAAACUUAUGGAUAAAUAUCAGAAAUUUGAGAAGGAUCAAAUUAUUGAUUGCUUGAAACGAGGAGUUCAGCAGCUGACAAGACUUCGACAUCCUCGGUUGCUAACUGUGCAGCAUCCACUAGAAGAAUCCCGAGACUGUUUAGCAUUUUGUACAGAACCAGUUAGUGCAAGUUUGGCUAAUAUACUUGGUAACUGGGACAAUCUUCCUUCGCCCUUACCAUCUGACAUCAAAGAAUAUAACUUGUAUGAUGUGGAAACGAAAUAUGGCUUACUUCAGGUUUCAGAAGGCUUGUCAUUUCUACACAGCAGUGUAAAAAUGGUCCAUGGCAACCUUACUCCUGAAAACAUAAUUUUGAAUAAAAGUGGUGCAUGGAAAAUUAUGGGAUUUGACUUCUGCAUUCAGUCUAUAAAUCCAUCUGAGCAAGAGCCAAAAUACUCUUCUAAAGAAUGGGAUCCAAACUUACCAUCUUUGUGUCUUCCAAAUCCUCAGUAUUUGGCACCAGAAUACAUCCUUUCAGUAAGCUGUGAAACAGCUAGUGACAUGUAUUCUCUAGGGGCAAUUAUGUAUGCUGUAUUUAAUAAUGGAAAACCCAUUUUUGAAGUCAACAAGCAAGAUAUAUAUAAAAGCUUCAGUAGACAGCUGGAUCAGCUUAGUCGGUUGAGUUCCAGUAAUCUACAGAACAUCCCAGAAGAUGUCCGUGAACAUGUAAAACUCUUGUUAAAUGUCACUCCUGCAGUCAGACCAGAUGCAGACCAAAUGACUAAAAUACCAUUCUUUGAUGAUGUUGGGGCCAUGACAUUACAGUACUUUGAUUCUUUAUUCCAAAGGGAUAAUCUUCAAAAAUCACAGUUUUUUAAAGGGCUGCCAAAAGUUUUACCAAAACUACCUAAGCGUGUUAUAGUGCAAAGAAUUUUGCCUUGCUUAACAUCUGAAUUUGUAAAUCCAGACAUGGUACCUUUUGUUCUGCCUAAUGUUCUGCUCAUUGCGGAGGAAUGUACCAAAGAAGAAUACAUAAAACUAAUUCUACCUGACCUCAGUCCUGUCUUUAAACAACAGGAACCAAUCCAGAUUCUCUUGAUAUUUCUUCAAAAAAUGGACCUACUACUAACCAAAACACCUCCAGAUGAAAUAAAGAACAGUGUUCUACCAAUGGUUUAUAGAGCCUUAGAAGCACCAUCAAUUCAAAUACAGGAACUCUGCUUAAAUAUAAUUCCCACAUUUGCCAACCUUAUAGAUUAUCCAUCAAUGAAAAAUUCGUUGAUACCAAGAAUUAAAAAUGCAUGUUUACAAACCUCAUCUCUUGCUGUGCGUGUAAAUUCCUUAGUCUGUUUGGGAAAAAUUUUGGAAUACUUGGAUAAGUGGUUUGUUCUUGAUGAUAUUCUGCCUUUCUUGCAACAAAUUCCUUCCAAGGAACCUGCAGUCCUUAUGGGAAUUUUAGGUAUAUACAAAUGCACAUUUAGUCACAAGAAGCUGGGAAUUACAAAAGAACAACUUGCAGGAAAGGUGCUUCCACAUCUGAUUCCCCUUAGCAUUGAGAACAAUCUUAAUCUAAAUCAGUUUAAUUCCUUUAUUUCAGUCAUAAAAGAGAUGUUAAAUAAAUUGGAAGCUGAACAUAAGACCAAACUUGAACAAAUCCAUGUUAUGCAGGAACAACAAAAAUCUUUGGAUAUAACUAAUCAAAUGAAGCCACUUGAAGAAUCGAAAGUCAGUAGUACCAGCAAUCAAGUGGACAAAACAUUUAGCAAUCUAGGAAUGUGUAUCUUAACUAGUGGACCUGAUUGUAAAGAGAAUGGACUGAUGACAAAUCAAAGAAAGGGGUCACUUACACUUGAAGAAAAGCAGAAGUUAGCAAAGGAACAGGAACAAGCACAAAAACUGAAAAACCAACAGCCUCUUAAACCCCAGCCUCAUGCAAUUAUUGCACCAGUGAAACAGACAAAAGACUUGACUGAUACUCUGAGAGAUAACAUAGCAUCGUUGACCACUCAACCCAUCAGCAAACCUAAAGUUCCUUCUUCAAGUAGCUUUUCUUCAGUGGGUAUUGGAAUGGGUUUUUCAUCAUCCGUUGAAAACACUAAGAGAAAUGGACUAAAUGCUAAUAUGGGGUUUCAACCUUCUGGAUUUGGCAUGGGGAUUGGUACCACAAGCCAGAAUUUCUUUAGUAAUGCUGGUGUCACUGGAAUGGCCAACAUGAAUAUGUUGCCAACAGCAAACAUGCCACCUUAUAGCCCGCUGAACACUACAUCACCAGUGGUGCAGCAAAGCAGGCCACCUGAUUUGUCUGCUUUAGAUAGCCUAUUUGGGCCUCAAAAACCCAAAGUUAGUAUGAAUCAGUUGUCACAACAGAAAACAAACCAAUGGCUUAAUCAAUUUGCACCUCCUCAGGGUACCAACAGUUCUCCUUUGGGAACACAGAUGAAUGUAAUGGGACAGCCUGGCUUUGGCUUACAGGGAAAUCCUUUCUUUAAUCCUCAGAACUUUACACAGCCUACCAACAGCAUGAUAAACAGCAGCUCAGCUAGCAAGGACUUGAACGACCUCUUUGGAUAACCGUUGUAAUUGUGAGCAAGACGAUUAACAUUGUUUUAUGUCUGAGAUAAAAAGCCAACUUGAGUAAAUUUGAUACAACAAAAUGAACAUGAGAAAAUGUGUUUCCACAGUGACUUGAGUAAUAUAUUUCAUUUGUCUAUCUAUUUAAUUUUCUUAGGUAAAUACAAGCCUCUACCCCUAAUUUCAUUGUUUUAAGGUCAGGUUGUAUCAAUCUGAGUGCCCAGAGUUAUGAUUAAUAAAUAAAUAAAGACUGCAUAUCUACCAAUUUCAGGCGUUUAUCUUCUGACUAUUCUUGCUAAUGUCUCCUGAUAAAUAUAGUCAGAUAAUUUACUACCAGUUGCAACCUGGGCUCUUCCAAAUGCGCAAGACCUGAAAUGUGUGCACUAAAUGAGAUAGACUAAGUGGUAAUGUGGGAUUUCAGCCUUCUGGAUUUAGCAUGGGAAUUGUUAACACAAGCCAGAAUUUCUUUAGUAAUGCUGGUUUCACUGGAAUGGCCAACAUGUGUAGCCAACAGCAAACAUGCCAUCCAAUAGCCAUAUAAAUACUUCAUCAUCUGUUGUACAGCAGAACAGGCCAUUAGUUAUGUCUGUUUUAGAUAUCCUGGUUACUGUAUAUUUCUACAAAUAAAUAUAAGCAAAUGAUUUAUCAGCAGUUACAAUCUGAAGUGUGUGCUAAACCUGGUCUCUUGAGUUUUGCUGUUUCUGAAUUUGGUAUAUCUAGUUAGAAAUGCUUACUGAUAUAGGAUGGCUUGUGGUUGAAUGUAUUUAUUAAUAUGGAAUUUUCUGGGAAAAUAUGAGACCUAAGCUUGGUGGACAAGCGUACAAUUGUCUACCCUUAAACAUUUUUCCCCAACAGAGAGUGUUUUGAAAGUACUUGGUAUUUGUAAAAUAGAGGUCUUUCACACUGAAAAAUAUUGCAAGCCAGGAAUGCUCUAAUUUACCUGUUAAUACUUAAAUGUCUGCCCAACAAGAACACUUACAGUUUUGGCAUAAACUUUAAAAAUUUUAUCUAAAAAGCUUAGGUAAUUUUAUUACCUACCUGCUUAUUAUUAUAUUUGACAUCCAACCAUUAAAAUAAUACAGUUGCAGAUUGAUGAACAGAAUAGAAGUCAAUUCAGCAAAGCUGGUAACUUUCUGGUUACUUCCAAUGCGGUGGUUUGACAUCUUCAGAUAAAUACUUGUUAUGGAUUCAGAUUUGAUUACCAUUGGCUCAUCUACUUAUUCUGAAGAAUUGUAUUUCUUCAGAAUAAGUAGAUGAGCUUCAAAUAAGACAAUGUUAUUUACUGGAAUGUGUUGUUUUUUCCCAUUGAGGCCAUGUCAGAAUAUAUGGAAGAAUAAACUUCUAACAUCAGUUUGGAGAAAACAAUCAUCUUUCAUUUCAUCUGAAUGUUCCAAAUGUAAAAGGUUUCUUUAAAUAAUAACCAGCAGUAAAUUCUUUGUAGGAAAAAUAUUUUAUUUUUUUCUUCUAUUCUUUCAGCUGUUCCUAGUCGUAUGUAAUUAUUUCUUUCCUAGAACAUUGGUGAUCUUUCUUACACAAUUCUUUGGAAUGUAGCUAGUUAUAUUGAGAUGUGCAAUAUAACUAGCUACAAUAACCUUUUUUAAUGGAAAGAAAAAAGGUUUAUUUUCAGUAUCUUUCACUGAUUAAACUGUUUCCAUUUGCUGCUUAAGAAACCAAAGGUGCUUAUGCUGUAAAUGCAAGUUGUAUUUUCUUAAAUUAUAUUUUCAAUUAUAAGCAGGAAUUUGCUUUAUGUUUUCUGUCUUAGUACUUUUAUUUUGUAUCUUUGGACCAGUGAUGAAAUUAUUUAUAACAAAAAAUCACUUGUGCUGUUUAUGUACUGUCAAUAUUCUGCUGAAGUAUGUUUAAUUAGACACGUGUAAAAUUAUGAAUGCUAAAUAUGCUGUAUAUGCAGUUCUUUGUACAGUUCCAGGUUUCUUUAAAUUUCUUAUUUAUGGCUUAGAACAAUUUCCCAAAUGUUAAGCAAUUUUUAAAAAGAUAAAGCAAAUGUAUUAGAGAUAAAAGUUUCCUAUAAUAUGUGAAAAACAAACUUUUACAAAAAAAUUAUGAACGAUUAUUUGUUUAUUAUCAACCUUAAUUUCUUCAUUUGGGGAUUACUUUGAAGUAAAAUAACCAGUGUAUCUUUACAAUGCUGUUGUUUGUUAAUGGUUCAGCUUUUAUAAUGUAAUUUGAAUUUUCUUAAGAUAGCUAUAGAAAAUGUUUCCUUUAGAUUCCUUUAGAUUCACUAUUAAUAAAAACUUGUAUUCCAAUGUUAUGUCACUGGAGUUGCAGAGCUUUGAUAGUAAUUAAUGACACGAGUGUUUUACUUUCUUUUGUGCAGUGAAAAUUUCAUUUGAAGUAAGGCUAUACAUGGAAGAUAACCUAUAGUGGGGAGGAAGCCUUCAUGCCUCAUCAGUAUAAAACUUCUUGAAGCAUCUUUGUACAUUGCCAAUAUCAUAGUAACUGUAUGUUAUAACCACAUAUUAUACCUAGCUUUCAUAAGACACCGAAAAAGAAAUGUGGUAUAUGAAUAGUUCACUCAUUAUUAUAACUCUCUAAUAAAGAUUAUUUUUUUCCAAAA